AUGGCAUCGAGCGGCCACCCUCCUCGCAGCGGCGGCGUCGACGUUGAUGUCUUUGACUACUCAUACUUGCACCGGCGGCAGGAAGACCUGACGACGGCGACGAUCAAACUGGUACUCUCAAGAAUCUACUGUUGGAAUCAAAUCCGAUCUGUCGAACAAAUCACCUAUGAUCGACUCUUCCGGCGACCGGCCAGCGAGAUGCGCCAUUCCGAAGAGGCGAUGAUCGCCAUCUCAGACAUGCUUUCCGACUCUGACGUCCCAGUCGGAGACGUCGACUUGGAGCGGAUCGCAUAUCGCAUCUACUCCGGAGCCAGGAGGAUUGCUUCCCGUGCAGAGCUUUUCGGAAGGGUCUUCUACAUGAUCGUGCAUGUACAGAUACCCGUGACGGAGCCAUGGUGGGUGCGCGGAGGAGAGGGCAACGUCAACGACCCUGCUUCGGACCCCAUGCCGUGGCGGUACAUGCAGCCAGCGGAGCAGGUCGACGACAUGCUGGCGGUGCCGAUGGACGACGACGUGCUGGCGGUGCUGAUGGACGACAACGUGCUGGCAGUGUCGAUGGAUGACGACGCUCUUGGCGGUGCUGGCGGAGGUUUCGGCGGGGUUCCGGCACCGAGCGCGUCCAUUGAGAAGCUAGAUAGGAUGAGGUACCGUGACGAGGAAGGGCGCGGAUGGUGCCGCGAACGAGCUUGUUCAAUUUGCAUGGACGAAUUUGAGGAGGGGGCGCGGUUGUGCAAGAUACCGUGCUCUCACGCCUUCCAUGAAGAGUGCCUUACGCGGUGGCUCGAGCGCAGCCGCCUCUGCCCGCUCUGCCGAUACAGUAUUUAA